AUGGAAACAGAGACUGGGUCUACUCCAUCACAUGAAGUUGAUUCCAAUGUAGUGGACUCUUGCUCAAGAGUAAGGGAAAAGGUUGAUCCGGCUUGGGAACAUUUUAGCCUUGGGUUGGAUGAGAAGGGACGGAAUACUUUUACAUGUGUGUAUUGUAGGCAAACAUAUAAAGGUAGGGGUAUUAAUAGGAUGAAAAAACACCUUGUGGGGAUAAAAGGUGAUAUUGGAUCAUGUAAAAAGGUUUCUCAUGAUGUGAGAUACCAAAUGUUGGAAUAUGUGAAGGAGUUUGAGUUGAAGAAAAAAGCUGAGAAACAACGUCAAGAAGAAAUGUUUAGUGUGCCUUCCACAAAUAGUGAUUUGCAAGAAGAUGAUGAUGUUCAAGAAGUAUUUAGUAGUGGGUUGCCUAAAAAACCUGUUUUAGGUAAAAGAAAGGGUACAAAGCCAGUGGAUAAUUACUUUGCUCCAAGAACUACUCCAGGAGCUCAACCUGGUCUUAAAAGUGUAUUCCAAAGCAAAGAAAGGGUGAGGCAAGCUGAUAUGGUUAUUGCAGGGUUUCUGUAUGACAAUUGCAUUCCUUCUAAUGUAGUGAAUUCAGUGUACUACCAAAUGAUGAUUGAUGCCAUAGCUGCUGCUAGUCCUGGUUACAAAGGUCCAUCUUAUCAUGCUGUACGGGUCCCUUUGUUGAGGGAUAAUAAGAAAGAAGUUCAGUUGUUGGUUGAGUCACAAUGUAGGCAUUGGGUAGAAGUUGGAUGUACACUUAUGGCUGAUGGUUGGACAGAUACUAGACAUAAGUCAUUGAUUAAUUUCCUUGUUUAUUGUCCUAGGGGAAUGGUAUUUGUAAAAUCAGUUGAUGCCUCAGAUAUUGUGAAGAAUACCAGAAACUUGUUUAAAUUGUUUGAUGAAGUAGUUACAUGGAUUGGUCCAAAGAACAUAGUUCACUUGGUUACUGAUAAUGCUUCCAAUUAUGAUAUGGGAGACAUGCCUCAUGUGGAGAGACUAAAAAAUCGUGCAACCAAAGUUACAGUUUUUAUUUAUAAUCAUGUAGUUUUGAUUGCUUGGUUGAGGAAGAGACUUGGUUGGACAGAUAUUGUACGUGCAAGAGCAACAAGAUUUGCUACUACUUUCCUUUCAUUUGGAAGCCUUCAUGUGCAUAAGCAUGACUUGCAAGCCUUAGUGACUAGCAAGUUCUUUGUGGACAAUAGAUUGGCAAGAGAGUCAAAGACAAAAGAAGUAGUUUCUAUCAUUUUGGAUAAUUCUUUUUGGGAUGAUAUUAAUGUUCUUGUCAAGAUUUCAUCGCCACUCAUUCGUUUGUUACGGAUUGUUGAUUCUGAUCAAAGGCCUGCAAUAGGAUAUGUGUAUGAGGGCAUGCAUAGAGCACGGUUGGGAAUCAAGAAGAUCUUCCGAAUGAAGAAGCACUUGUACAAGCCAUACAACUCAAUUAUAAAAAACCGUUGGGACAAGCAUUUGCGUAAAGAUCUUCAUGCUGCUGCAUAUUGGUUAAAUCCCGCUUUUCAAUAUGAUGAGGAGAAUUUUUGUCGGAAACCAGCAGUAAAUAUGGCUAUUUUGGACUACAUUGGGACAAAAUAUGAUGGUGAUCAAGAAAAGGUAAUUAAGGAAACCCAAUAUUUUCGAGACCGUAUUAGGAACUUUGAUAGAGAUCUUGCAUUGUCAACAAGCAAGACCACUCAUCCAGGCGAGAAGUAA